UCUCAAUUUUCAAAUUUUGAGCCUAAAAAGAUAGGUCUAAUUUUUAUGUAGGAAAUAAGUAGUUAAUAGAGUUUAAAAGUGAAACAUAAACUUUAGGAAAGUGCGAUUUUUAAUUAAAGAAAAUAGAACUAAGCAACAUACUGAAGAGGCGACUUAAGUCAUUGUGAUAAUUGAAACAUAAAAUAUAAGAGAAGCAGAUGUACGCUAGCAGAGAUAGAGUAAUGGUGCGCUAAGCAAGGGCGCUCAGUAUGCAAGCGAUGAGCGCGAACGCGUCUGGGCCGCGCGCGCCGCAGCGCUCGCCGUUCGCGAUCCAGGAGCUGCUGGGGCUGUCGGAGCGCGGCGAGGCGCGCGAGCGGUACCUGGAGGGCCCCGGCGAGCGCGUGCUCAACCUGUCGGAGCGCGAGCGCUACACGCCGCAGUUCCCGCUGCCCGCGUCCGUGGCCAGCCGCGUGGCCUACGCCGCCGCCUUCAACGCGCAGGCGGCGGUGGCGGCCGCCUUCCUGCCCGGCCCGCCGCUGCUGCACCCGCCACCCGGGUUCCCGCAGAUCAAGUCGCCCUACAGUCCCGGGGCGCAGCCGCACCUCUCCGCGGUCCGACAGUUUUAUUCAGGAGUGUCGUCGUUGGAGGCGGCGAAAGAUUUCACAGUAGACGGCCUCACCGGGUACAACGGCAAGAAAAAGAAGAAAAAACGCAGACACAGCCGCACGAUCUUCACGUCGUACCAACUGGACGAGCUGGAGAAGGCGUUCAAGGACGCGCACUACCCCGACGUGUACGCGCGCGAGAUGCUCUCCCUCAAGACAGACCUGCCCGAGGACAGGAUCCAGGUGUGGUUCCAGAACCGUCGUGCGAAAUGGCGCAAGACGGAGAAGUGCUGGGGCCGCUCCACCAUCAUGGCGGAGUACGGGCUAUACGGGGCCAUGGUGCGUCACUCGCUGCCGCUGCCGGAGACCAUCCUCAACAGCGCCAAGGAGAACGACGCCGUCGCGCCUUGGCUACUCGGUGAGUUCGGCAUGCACCGCAAGUCGAUCGAGGCGGCGCGGCACCUCAAGGAGUCGGGGUCGGAGCGCGAGGGCUCCGAGGCGGAGCCCGAGAGACCCACCUCCGCCUCCUCGCACCACCAUGAUAACCAUGAUGCUCAGGCACAGAGCUCGCCAGCCAGCUCGACGACAGCAUCAUCGUCAGCGAAGGGGCGCGCGUCGCCCGAGCCGGGCCGCGAGCUGUACGAGGACGCCGAGGCCUUCCGCAACAACAGCAUCGCGUGUCUGCGGGCCAAGGCGCAGGAGCACCAGGCCAGGAUACUCAACCAUAACAUGCUGCUGCAGCUGCAAUACUUACGAGCAGGCUGUGGGUUGCAGGUGCGGGUCCCUCGCGCCGGCAGCGCGGAGGAGGAGGGUCCCGCCGACAUCGACGUGGGCACCGAGGCGCCGCCGCCCGCGCACCACCAGCUCGCCCAUCUAUACUGACCACCACCCAGCGAGGAACACCUCUAAACACCCGCGAACCUCGAAACAUCAGUGCUGCGUUACUGUAUUCCCUAGACUACAGUGAAAGAUUGUGUGUGUACAUUGAGUGCCAGUUGCUCUGUGGUAGGGAAGUGCGUGAGUCACGCGUGUAAUUAUGUACAUUAGUAGCCCCGUCUCGUGCAAUACCUAGUUAAGUAUUUAUCUGUGUAGACCGAAUGCAAUGUAUAAAGUUCCCCAGCUUAGAUUUAAUGUGUCAUGCGAGUUGGUGAACUGGUACGAAAUAAUUGGGAUCAGCCAGCUACAAUGUCUUAAGACGUCGAAUGUCAUUAUCACACUUAAUAAUGAUACUUAAUUGAAAAUUUACGUGAUUCCUCAGUUCACCAACUCGUAUGCCUUCAAUAAUAUUGUAUGAUGACUCCUUAAUAUUACUUAGAUAUAUUUGUGCGUAGUGUAAGUUUGUCGGAGGCAAGGAAAAGACUAUGUAAAUCAACUAGCUAUAACUAAACGUGUCUAAGUUCAAACUGUCGUUACUUUAUAUUGGCUAUGGUAUCUGUUAGUACAAUUCGAUAUAACUUAUAUGUUUAUUUAUUUCUUUCAACAGAGAUAUGUGUUGCUUUCCUGGAUUUAUUCAAUAUCGUUUAUCUAAAAAAAAACUUUUUGUAAAUAAUUAUGAAAAUUCGAAUUUCCUGCAUCCUCCUUUGAUUUCCCAAUUGUGUAUUUACUACAUAACUGUGUGACUUACCUUUUCCGUGAAUACCAGUGACAAAAUAUCUCUAGGUGUGAAGCACACAUCUCUGUAAGUAGUAAUGUGUACAACGAAAGU